CGAAAGAGAGGAAGAAGAAGAAAGUGGAGAUGGUUCUAUGGCGCAUCCUCAGAACUCCAGCAGCGAGAUCGCAGGCUGGGGCUUUUCUCCCAUGGGAUCACCGUUGCUCCUUCUAUACUUUGAGAUGUUACUCUGCGAAAGCCGGAGCGAAAUCGAGCCAGAAGCCUCAGAAGAAAUCCGGCGCGAAGAAGCCCGGCGAUGAAUCUGGCCCCGGUGGCGCCGCCGCCGAGCUAGACCGAGGUGUAAUUGAUGAAAGAGCUUUGAGGUCUCGUCUCCUGGCAGAGGACGAGAAGAAACCGUCUCUUGAUUUGGGUCCUAACGGUCGCCCACUCUUCACUUCCACUCCCACUCUGUCUCGGCUCACUCGCAAAGACGCCUGCUCCUACUUCAAAUUCAGUAAGGAGGCACUGAAUGCGGUGUUGCCUGAAGGGUUACCGAAGGGGAUGGUGACGGAGUUUGAGGAGUCAAUGCGAGAGUCUUUGAUUGUUCGAGAGAGUUUCUUGGACCUUCGUGAUAACUUCAGGCGUAUUGUUGAUCCUCCUUUGGAUGGUAAAGGUGUUAAAGCUAGAAAACAAAUUGUAUUAGAUGGCCCUUUAAGCUGUGGCAAGAGUAUUGCAUUGGCAAUGCUUGUCCAUUGGGCUCGUGACGAAGGUUGGCUAGUGUUUUAUGCCCCUAGAGGAUGGGAAUGGACUCAUGGUGGGUAUUUCUACAAGAACCCACACACUGGACUUUGGGACACUCCGCUUCAGGCAGAAAAAAUUCUGAAGGACUUUUUGAAAUACAACGAAUCACAGCUGAAGCAGCUACAUUGUCACUUGUUUGAUCCUAUUCCACUCGGAGAAGGUGCAGGUGUUGGAUUAUUGAAAGGAAUUGACUCCAUGCCAGUUCCUGAAGGUUCAAGUCUUUUUGACCUGGCUCAAAUAGGAAUCCAGCAUUCUCAUGCUGCAGUUGGAGUAGUUGUUCGUUUGAGAAAAGAGCUAUCAUUAGUGAAAGAUGUUCCUGUGCUCUUUGCAAUUGAUCAAUACAAUAGUUGGUUUACCUUCAGUGAGUAUGAAGAGCCAAUGACUUUGCACUCAACCAGACCAGUGCAUGCCAAAGAGGUUGCAACGGUAAAUGCUUUUAGGUCGAUGAUGGAUAAUGAUAUGAUGGUGGGAGCUUUUUCUCAUUCAACGGCAGUAGGAAAGCUACGUCAAGACUUGCCAGAUGUUCCUGUGGAUGCUCGCAUUAACCUGCCCCGCUAUAAUUUAGAUGAAGCAGCUACCGUGUGCCAUUACUACCUUAGGCAAAGAUUGAUAAAUCCAGAAGCCUUCUCUGACGAUAAGUGGAAGAAAGUGUAUUAUGUAUGCAAUGGAAAUGGAACAGAAAUGAGAUCCUUACUUCCUCUGAUGCAGUGAGCGAGCCAAUCUCUACGGAACUAGCUUUUAUUACUCUCCAGUCCUGCUGCCACUGAUUCUGAGCUCACCUAUAUAGAAGCCUUUUUGAGUAUCUUUUACCAGAACCCUCACCUCUCGGAAAGACGAGAAACUAGAUUUGUGUUUAUUUCCAUCACCUGGCUCUACAACUGAAGUCUUAUGUACCAGACUGGAGGUGGUUGAUGAUGGAAGAGUUCUGUUGCUGUAAUACGUGUAGUCUGUAGAAUCUGAAUUUCGAUUCCUGGACAACGAUAAGUGUUUCCUUCUUCAAGUUGUACUGGAUCCAUGAUGGAGAGAGAAGGUUAAGCAGGAGAUUGUUUUUAGUUUUUUGACAUGGCAGACUUAUAAGUGCGUCCGAGUCCAAUCUGGAGACAUGAUUUGUAAUGUUUUGUUGUUCUGAUCAAUAAGCCAUGAUGGUAAUGCUCGACCUGUGUUUAGAAAGGCGGGGGACGAUGAAAAUUUUGUACGAUCUUUUCGGAUACAGUUAUUGAUCUAUACUUGGACACUCAAGUUCUUAAUCAUAUGAGAAAUGAUAUAUGAAAAAUACAUAGAAAAUGGAGAUUAUCGGGUUUAUCAGGUAUCAGGAACAAACACCACAAACUUUG